CAUUUCUUGUCUUAGCUUCUUCCCUUCUCUCUCUCUCCUCCUUCAGCCAAACUCUCACCGCAAAAUCCUCCCUUUCACCCUCUCUCGUCUUCUUCUCCUUCUCUACCUGCUGCCAAGUAAAGCCAAUUUUCUGUCUCUGCUGAAGCCUGAAAAAGCCUUUGAAUUUGUAGUUUAAGUACAAUUUAGUACAAAUGGCUGAAGCUUUGCAUGAAUUACUGCGACGGGAGUGCGAAAUCCUACGCGGUUAUGAACUUCGUCUCCUCCGCUGCACUGUCGCUCCUCCGCCGUCCUCACUUUCACCAUCCUCGGAUUCGAGUCAUCAUAAUAAUGAUGACAAUAUUAAUAAUCUCCACUCACUCUUAAAUGAACUUCUUAGUUCAAUUGAGACUGGAAAUUAUCUGCAAGCUCUCUUUUCUGAUGCAGCCAAACUCUUAACUCAGUUGCCUGACUUGCCUAAAUUUUCUUCUGCUGAACAUGUUUACUCUGAGUUGACGGAGUGUGUGGGGCUAUUUAUCAUGAGCGAAGGUGUUGAUGAUGAGGAGAGGGCCUGCAGGGUGAUUCUGGUCUUGUGUGUUGCCGUUGCUGCAAUUUUCUUCUUCACUCAGUGUAACAUUACUGGACCAAUAGAUGAGAUUCCUAGAUUUCCUCUGCCAUUCAAAGUGCCAGAAGGUGGAGAAUUUGUGGAAUGGGAGGAUUGGGCACGCAAGCAGCUUAUGUCUGGUGGCUGUCACUUGUUUGGGAAGUUCUCGAAUCUUCAGUUUAUAGUUUUUGCUAAAAUGUUGGUCAUGAAGACAAAAGACUUGCUAUUUGAAGGAACGGUGUCUUCCACAUAUGGAAUCAAAAGCAUUUCAUGGUGGCUUGCCAGGACCUUACUUGUUCAACAGAGAAUUUUAGAUGAGCAAUCUUCUGAGUUGUUUGAUCUAUUGCAAGUGAAUAUGGGCGAAACACUACGUCAUUUUGGCACUUUGGAGCAAGUAACAAGUUAUUGGGGUGCCAAUUUGCAUGAUGAAGAAGCUUCUAGUAUUGUUUCAAUGGUCCAUUUGGAAGCAGGAAUAACAGAAUAUGCCUAUGGACGGGUUGAUUCAUGCAGACUACAUUUUGGAUCAGCUCAAGCAUCAGCUGGGCUUCAACUAUCUGUCACUGGAGUUCUUGGCUACCGUACUGUGCAUCAGGCAGAGCCAAAGGCACAAAGGGUACUUCUUGUCAAUAGAAGCUCAUCAAAUAGUGGUGCUAGUGUUACCGGCCGUGAUUCCACAAUUAAUGAAGAAACAUUGCAUCUGCACCAACAUGAAUCCUCUGAUAUCCUUAUGACACCAAAGUUGCUAGAGAAUGGUGAUGAAUCUGGAAUUACUAUACAAGGAAAUCAAAAAAGUAGUCUGGGUGUUGUUGCCCCUUUAACAGCAAUCCAGCAAGCAGUGAUUUUGGCAGAGUGCCUUUUGAUUGAAAAGAGCACUAGACAAGAUGAAUUGCAAAGGUGGGAUAUGGCUCCAUUCAUAGAGGCAAUUGAUUCCCAAUCGUCAUCAUUGUUUAUAAUAAGAUAUUUAUGCAACCUCUUGCGUAUCCGUUGGGAGUCGACUCGUAGCCAUACAAAGGAGCGUGCUCUAGGAAUGAUAGAAAAAUUGGUUGAGGGCAUUCAUAAACCUUUUACUGGAGUGGCUAACAGGAUUCUUCUUUCUUAUGUGGCUUAUGUUCCUGCUAUUCCAAUCCUGCAGAAGGAAUAUGGUGAACUUUUAGUGAGCUGUGGUUUGAUUGGGGAGGCAAUCAAAAUCUUUGAGGGUUUAGAGUUGUGGGACAAUUUAAUAUACUGUAACUGCUUAUUGGGGAAAAAAGCAGCAGCUGUUGAAUUGAUCAAGACACGGUUAUCUGAAAUACCUAAUGACCCAAGACUAUGGUGUUCAUUAGGUGAUGUUACAAAUGAUGAUAGUUGCUAUGAAAAAGCCCUUCAAGUUUCUGACAAUAAAUCUACGCGUGCAAAGAGAUCUCUUGCUCGUAGUGCAUAUAAUAGAGGAAAUUAUGAGACAUCUAAAAUCCUUUGGGAAUCUGCAAUGGCCUUGAAUUCUUUAUAUCCAGAUGGUUGGUUUGCACUUGGUGCUGCUGCCUUGAAGGCUAGGGAUGUUGACAAGGCUUUGGAUGGAUUUACUCGAGCUGUUCAGCUGGAUCCUGAAAAUGGGGAGGCUUGGAAUAAUAUUGCAUGUUUGCAUAUGAUCAAGAAGAGGAGCAAUGAGGCAUUCAUUUCAUUCAAGGAAGCCGUCAAGUUCAAAAUUCAUUCCAGACGAGAUAGCUGGCAGUUGUGGGAGAACUACAGUCAAGUUGCAAUGGAUGUGGGCAAUGUUCGUCAGGCUCUGGAAGCUAUACAGAUGAUUUUACAUAUAACCAGUUGUACACAAGCUGAUGCUAAAUUAUUGGAGAGAAUUAUGCUAGAAAUGGAACGAAGAGCUUCAAGUAUAGUGACCAGUGAUAAUCAUUCCACCAAUCAAACUUGUUUCAGUGACUCUAAUAAUGGUACUAUAAAUGAUUCAGAGAUGCAAUUUGGAUGGUCACACGAAACUGAGCAGUUGGUGGAGCUACUGGGUAAAAUACUUCAGCAGAUAAUUAAAAGUGAUAGUAGAGCAGAUAUAUGGGGUUUAUAUGCAAGAUGGCACAAGAUUAAAGGAGAUGUCACAAUGUGCUCUGAAGCCCUCUUGAAGCAAGUUAGAUCAUAUCAGGGAUCUGAGUUGUGGAAAGAUAGAGAAAGAUUUAAAAAGUUUGCACAUGCCUCAUUGGAACUAUGUAAGGUGUAUAUGGAAAUAUCUUCCUCCACUGGUAGCCGUCGUGAACUUUUUACUGCUGAGAUGCACCUCAAAAAUAUAGUUAAACAGGCCGAGAGCUUUUCAGAGACAGAAGAAUUCAGGGAUAUUCAAGCUUGUCUUGAUGAAGUGAAGAUGAAGCUUCAAUCCAAUUCUUUGCCAACUUGAGAGAAGGCUAAAACAUCCGUUUGUGAUAUUACAGAUUGAACAACCAUUCUCCCACUCCCCUUCCCUCAGUAAUAGAAGGAUCGUUUACUUUUAUUUUCAGGGGAGUGCUUAAUUUUUGUUGAAACACAACGAGGGACUCUUGUAGGUUUAAAGGAAACCUCACUUUUGGGCUGAUAGAAGAUUAGGAUUUUGUCUACCUCUCCUUUUCAUUAUCAUGUAACUUAAUCUAAUAUAAAAUCCGAUUCAACUUGUAGCAUCUGUUUAUGUAUACAUUGAUCAUGGUUGUAUAUUUAUUAUAAAAUUCAAGUUCCAUUUUAA